GCUUUGAACAUUUUGCCAGAUUUCGCUAGUCCUGGAAAAAUCAAAAGUUUUCGUUUCGUCAGCAAUAUUAGUCGCCUUAUGAUAACUUUUACAUGUAAAAUUUGUUCACUUCGUUCAACAAAGGUGAUGUCUAAACAAGCAUAUAACCAUGGUGUGGUUAUAAUUCAAUGCUCUUCAUGUAAAAACCAUCAUUUAAUAGCAGAUAAUUUGGGAUGGUUUCGUGAUAAGAAAGUUAAUAUUGAAGACUUGAUGUUAGAACGAGGUGAAAAGGUUUUAAAAUAUGUGCACGAAGAUGGAACAGAUAUAUACGAAUGCUCUCCAGAUGUUCUUCAAAAAGAAAUUAAAUAUCUUAGCGGAGGACCUAAUCAA